UCAACCAUCGACUCAACCCUCCACUACUUGUCUAAACUCUCUCUUCAACCCUUUUGAGAAUAUUUUCACACCUCCACCAACCCCAAAACCUCUCUUUUUUUGUACUUAAUUCUCACUUUAAAACUCUCUCAAUUUCAUCCAUCAUUCAAGAACCAGCUCUCAACCAAUUAAAUAAAGGAAAUGGAGGGAGACCAGAAGGCGGUGGUAGGUGGGUGGCGGCGAGCGAGCGGGAGCAUGAGUAGGAGGAGUUGGAACGUAGCGGAUGCGUUUGGGAGUGGAAACCAGGGCAGCAGACGUAGUCAUGGUGAUGAAGAUGAAGAAGCUCUGACGUGGGCAGCAAUAGAGAAGUUGCCCACAUAUGAUCGGUUAAGAACGAGUGUGAUCAAAUCUUUUAUAGACAAUAACACUAGUAAUAAGGUGGAGCAUAAGGAGGUUGAUGUUAGGAAGCUUGACAUCAAUGAUAGACAGCAGUUCAUUGAUAGGUUUUUCAGGGUUGCUGAAGAAGAUAAUGAGAAGUUCUUGAACAAGUUUAGAAAUCGAAUUGACAAGGUUGGGAUCAACCUUCCAACAGUAGAAGUUCGGUUUGACCACUUGACCAUUGAAGCCGACUGCUAUAUCGGCAAUAGAGCUCUUCCAACUCUAACAAAUGCUGCCCGAAAUAUUGGUGAGUCGGCUAUCGGUAUGCUGGGGAUCACAUUGGCCGAAAGAACAAAGCUUACAAUUCUAAAAGAUGCCUCUGGAAUUAUAAAACCAUCAAGAAUGACCCUUCUGUUAGGUCCACCGUCAUCUGGAAAAACAACUCUUUUGUUAGCGCUGGCUGGGAAGUUGGACCCAAGCUUAAAGGUUAGAGGAGAUGUAACUUACAAUGGGUAUAGGUUCAACGAAUUUGUACCACUGAGGACAUCAGCAUACAUUAGCCAAAAUGAUGUUCAUGUAGGAGAAAUGACUGUGAAAGAAACCCUAGAUUUCUCCGCACGCUGCCAAGGGGUCGGCUCUCGAUAUGAACUCCUAACUGAACUUGCAAGGAGGGAGAAAGCUGCCGGAAUUUUUCCUGACGCGGAGGUAGACCUUUUCAUGAAGGCAACUGCAAUGAAAGGGGUUGAGAGCAGUCUUAUUACUGACUACACACUCAAGAUAUUAGGACUUGAUAUUUGUCGCGACACCAUUGUCGGAGAUGAAAUGCAACGAGGAAUAUCAGGAGGACAAAAGAAACGUGUAACAACAGGCGAGAUGAUAGUGGGGCCCACAAAAACCCUAUUUAUGGAUGAGAUAUCAACGGGUCUAGACAGCUCCACAACAUACCAGAUAGUGAAGUGUUUGCAGCAGAUUGUGCACCUCACUGAGGCCACCAUCUUGAUGUCCCUACUCCAACCGGCUCCAGAGACGUUCGAUCUCUUUGAUGAUAUCAUACUCUUAUCAGAAGGCCAGAUUGUCUACCAGGGCCCACGAGACCACAUAGUCGAGUUCUUUGAGACAUGUGGAUUCAAGUGUCCAGAACGAAAAGGGACCGCUGAUUUCUUACAAGAGGUUACCUCAAGGAAGGACCAAGAGCAGUACUGGGCAGACAGAAACAAACCAUACAAAUACAUAUCAGUCACUGAGUUUGCCCAACGAUUCAAACGGUUCCACGUCGGCCUGCGGCUCGAGAACGAGCUCUCGGUGCCCUACGACAAGACCCGGAGUCACAAAGCCGCUCUCGUCUUCAAAAACUACUUGGUCUCAAAGAAGGAGCUCCUUAAGGCCUCAUUUGACAAGGAAUGGCUACUAAUCAAGAGAAACUCAUUUGUAUAUAUAUUCAAGACUGUGCAGAUCAUCAUCGUGGCCCUCAUCACGUCCACGGUGUUUCUGAGGACUGAAAUGCACACAAGGAAUGAAGCGGAUGGCGCGCUUUAUAUCGGUGCACUCUUGUUCUCCAUGAUCAUCAACAUGUUCAAUGGCUUUGCUGAACUCUCACUCACCAUGCAGAGACUUCCAGUGUUUUAUAAGCACCGAGAUCUUCGCUUCCACCCAGCCUGGACUUUCACCCUCCCAACAUUCCUUCUCCGAAUACCAAUCUCUGUGUUUGAGUCCAUUGUUUGGAUGAUCCUGACCUAUUACACCAUUGGAUUUGCACCUGAAGCUAGCAGGUUCUUCAAGCAACUACUGGUGAUAUUUUUGAUUCAACAAAUGGCUGCUGGGUUAUUUAGGCUCAUUGCUGGAGUCUGUAGGACGAUGAUCAUUGCCAACACCGGUGGAACUCUCGUUCUCCUAUUUGUGUUCAUGCUUGGUGGUUUCAUCAUGCCUAAAGGUGAAAUUCCUAAAUGGUGGGCGUGGGGUUAUUGGAUUUCGCCUAUGGCCUACGGUUUCAAUGCCUUGACCGUUAAUGAGAUGUUUGCUCCAAGGUGGAUGAACAAAUUGGCUUCAGACAAUGCUACUAGGUUAGGCGUGGCAGUGCUAAAUAGCUUUGAUGUCUCCCCAGACAGAAGUUGGUUUUGGAUUGGUGCUGCAGCUAUUCUGGGAUUUGCAGUUCUAUUCAACAUUCUGUUUACCCUUGCUCUCAUGUACUUAGAUGCUCCUGGAAAGCCACAAGCUAUAAUAUCCAAAGAAGCGGCAAUGAAUAUGGAAGAUGACCAAGAAGAAACUAAGGAAGCACCAAGACUCAGACCAACCAGGUCGAAGAGAGAUUCACUACCCCGAUCCUUAUCUGCUGCUGAUGGAAACAAUACAAGAGAAAUGAUAAUACGACGAAUGAGCAGUCGAGGGAAUGCCAAUGGGCUUAGUAGAAAUGAAGAUUCAAGUCUUGAGGCUGCAAGAGGUGUUGCUCCAAAGAGAGGAAUGGUUCUUCCGUUCACUCCUCUCGCUAUGUCCUUUGACAGCGUGAAUUACUUUGUGGAUAUGCCCGCUGAAAUGAAGGAACAAGGAGUAACAGAGGACAAGCUCCAAUUGCUUAGGGAAGUAACUGGUGCCUUUAGGCCUGGAGUCCUGACUGCACUAAUGGGAGUUAGUGGAGCUGGAAAGACAACCUUAAUGGAUGUUUUAGCAGGAAGAAAGACAGGCGGUUACAUUGAAGGUGAUAUAAGAAUUUCUGGUUUCCCCAAGAAUCAAGAGACCUUCGCGAGAAUUUCAGGUUAUUGUGAACAAAAUGAUAUCCACUCACCCCAAGUCACCGUUCGAGAAUCAUUGAUCUACUCAGCUUUCCUUCGGCUGCCUAAAGAAGUCAACAAGGAAGAAAAGAUGGUUUUUGUAGAUGAAGUGAUGGAGCUAGUUGAGCUAGACAAUCUCAAGGAUGCUAUUGUUGGGCUUCCAGGAGUUACAGGUUUAUCAACAGAACAGAGAAAGAGAUUGACAAUAGCAGUAGAACUUGUUGCUAAUCCUUCAAUCAUAUUCAUGGAUGAACCAACUUCCGGACUUGAUGCAAGAGCAGCAGCCAUUGUUAUGAGGACGGUGAGAAACACAGUAGACACAGGAAGAACUGUUGUUUGCACAAUUCAUCAGCCUAGCAUUGAUAUCUUUGAAGCAUUUGACGAGUUGCUAUUAAUGAAAAGAGGAGGACAAGUGAUAUACGCAGGACAAUUGGGCCGGAAUUCUCACAAAAUUAUUGAAUAUUUUGAGGCGAUUCCCGGGGUCCCAAAAAUUAAAGAAAAAUACAAUCCUGCAACAUGGAUGCUAGAAGCAAGUUCGGUUGCAGCAGAAGCUCGGCUUGAUAUUGAUUUUGCUGAACAGUACCGAUCAUCAGCACUGCACCAACGAAACAAGGCUCUAGUGAAGGAGCUAAGCGCACCUCCACCAGGGGCAAAAGAUGUAUACUUCCAUACAAAGUAUUCUCAGUCAACAUGGGGACAAUUCAAAUCUUGCCUAUGGAAGCAGUGGUGGACUUAUUGGAGAAGUCCGGACUAUAAUCUUGUUAGAUAUUUCUUCACCUUGGCUACAGCUCUCGUGGUUGGCACAAUUUUCUGGCAGAUUGGCACUAAAAGGGAGAACGCAUCUGAUCUGUCCAUGAUUAUCGGGGCCAUGUAUGCUGCUGUCCUGUUCGUUGGAAUUAACAAUUGCGCAACAGUGCAGCCAAUAGUAGCCAUCGAAAGAACAGUAUUUUAUCGAGAAAGAGCUGCUGGGAUGUACUCUGCAUUACCAUAUUCCAUGGCACAGGUUUUCACUGAAAUACCAUAUGUGUUCAUUCAGACCACGUCUUAUAGCCUUAUAGUGUAUGCCAUGGUGAGCUUUGAAUGGACAGCACAUAAAUUCUUCUGGUUCUUCUUUGUCAACUUCUUCUCCUUUCUCUACUUCACAUACUAUGGAAUGAUGACUGUUUCCAUCACACCGAACCACCAAAUAGCAGCCAUCUUUGCAGCCGCUUUCUAUUCACUCUUCAAUCUUUUCUCCGGUUUCUUCAUCCCUAAACCGAAAAUUCCCAAGUGGUGGAUAUGGUAUUACUGGAUUUGCCCGGUGGCAUGGACUGUUUAUGGAUUGAUUGUGUCACAGUAUGGAGAUGUAGAGGAUACCCUAAAAGUGCCAGGGAUGGAGACCGACCCAACCGUUAAAUGGUAUGUGGAAAACCAUUUCGGAUAUGACCCGAAUUUCAUGGGGCCAAUUGCUGCAGUUUUGUGUGCUUUCACAGUCUUCUUUGCAUUCAUCUAUACCUACUGCAUUAAAACUCUCAACUUCCAGAUGAGGUAGAAGAAAUCUUAUAGUGAAAUUGACUCUUGUAAAUAUAUAUCUAUAUAUAUAUGAAUCCAUCCAAGAUUUAGGAAUGGAGACAAAUUGUAGUAUAUAUAUGGACUAGUAUUUAGGAUUAAAACUGUACUUUUGGGUUAAACAAGGUGGAUGUUCACCACCAACCAGAUCUUGGAGAUGUAUUCACGAGUUUUGAGGUUGUAAAUGUAAGCUCCAUUGGUCCUUAUUAAUACAAAGUUUUAAUUUGUUA